AACCGGGUAACGAACGGCACGGCGCUUAGGAGAAGCGGCAGCGGAGAGAGGGGCAGCUGUUGUCCUCGCGGGGCACGUUAGCUCUCCUGCACACGGCCCCGCAGGCAGGCAGACGCCGGCCGCUGGCCCCGUUCACGGGGCGGGGGGAGUGUACCACCAGCACGGGCAGCAGAGCCAGGUGACUGGCCGCGGCCGAGAGCUCUCGGCUCGCUCAGCCCAGGCUCCCCUCGCCCCGGGCAGGCAGCCACUCCUCGCACGGCGGGACGCGUCCCCUCGCCAUCCGCCCCCUCCCGCGGCCGCUUCCCAGCCACCAGUGCCGCGCACCUCGCGUGAACGGCGGCGGAGCGGGCACGGCACGGGAGAGCUGCGCGACCCCGCAGCCGGUGACCCGGCCGCCGGGCGCCAUACCCCGGCCGCGGCCCGGCUGGGGGGGCCCGGCGGGGCGGGGCCGGCGGCGGCGCCUCCUCCACGGGAGAGGGCGGGGCUGCUCUCCUUUGCGCCAUGAUGAACAAAUGACCUCGCGGGGAAUGAAAUUUAAGUUCCACCGAGGGGAGAGAGUUCUCUGCUUCGAGCCCGACCCUACCAAGGCCAAAGUGCUCUAUGAUGCCAAGGUUGUUGAUAUUGUUGUUGGAAAAGAUGAGAAAGGCAGGAAGAUUCCAGAAUAUCUGAUCCAUUUUAAUGGUUGGAACAGAAGCUGGGAUAGAUGGGCAGCUGAAGAUCAUGUUCUUCGUGAUACAGACGAAAACCGCAGAUUACAGCGUAAAUUGGCACGGAAGGCUGUGGCUCGCAUGAGAAGAAAAGGAAGAAAGAAGAGACGUUGCAGGUUGCCUGGUGUUGACUCUGUGUUGAAAAGCCUCCCCGCUGAAGAAAAUGAUGAGAGUAGCGAAAACUCUAUAAGUAGUUCUUCUUCUGAUGACAGUGAUGAAGGAACAGAUGAAGAAAUAAAAAGUGAAGAAAGUGACAUAGAAGAGAGAACAGAAAUGAGAGAAGAACAAGACAUUCAUACAAAAAGGGACAUGGAAGAAAGAGCAAUAAGCAUAGAAAUUCCUGAAGUCCUGAAAAAGAAGCUUGAGGAAGAUUGCUAUUAUAUUAACAGAAGAAAAAGGCUUGUGAAGCUUCCUUGUCAGACAAAUAUAAUAACCAUCCUGGAGUCAUAUGUGAAACAUUUUGCUAUUAAUGCUGCUUUUUCAGCUAAUGAACGAUCUCGGCACCAUCAGAUGACUCCACAUGCUAAUAUGAAUCUUCAUUAUGUGCCACCGGAGAAGAAUGUUGAGCUGUGUAAAGAGAUGGUGGAUGGCCUGAGAAUAACUUUUGACUUCACGCUUCCAUUAAUUUUGCUCUAUCCUUAUGAACAAGCUCAAUUUAAGAAGGUGACUUCAUCAAAAUACUUUCUUCCCAUCAAAGAAAACUCAACAAAUACUAACAGAAAUCAGGAGGAGCUUUCCCCAAGUCCUCCUCUGUUGAAUCCACCAACGCCUCAGUCAACCGACAGCCAGCCUACAACAGGAGAGCCGGCCACGCCAAAAAGGCGAAAAGCAGAACCUGAGAUCCUGCAGUCGCUGAGACGUUCAACCCGCCACAGCUCCAACUGCGACAGGCUGUCAGAAAGCAGUGCUUCCCCACAGCCAAAACGACGGCACCUGGACACCCCAGCUUCUAUGCCAAAGCUUUUCUUGCACUUGGAAAAAAAAACCCCUGUCCACAGUGGAUCGUCCUCACCAAUAACUUUGACCCCUAGCAAAGAGGGGAGUGCGGUUUUUACUGGCUUUGAAGGUAGAAGAAACAAUGAAUUGAACGAGGUUUUGUCCUGGAAAUUGAUGCCAGAGAAUUAUCCACCAAGUGAUCAACCACCACCUCCCUCAUACAUCUAUGGAUCUCAACAUUUGCUACGGAUGUUUGUAAAGCUACCAGAGAUACUGGGGAAGAUGUGCUUUCCUGACAAAAACUUGAAGGCUUUAGUAAAACACUUCGAAAUGUUUCUGAGGUUUUUAGCAGAGUACCAUGAUGAUUUCUUCCCAGAAUCUGCUUACGUAGCUGCGUGUGAAGCCUACUACAGUACUAAAAAUCCUCGGGCAAUCUACUGAAGCUAUUAAUAAAGAUUAAUUUCUUCUAUAUGUAGCCCAUGACAAUGCUGUUUUUCCAUAUGGCUACAAGAAGAUGAAAAAGGAACUAAAACAACUUCUGGAAUUGAAUAAAUAGGAAAAUGUCUUCUGUGAUGGUUGGAUUACUUUGGCAUGGAGAACUCCUUUUCAGAGAUCUGUAUAGACUGCAUUGUGAGUUGCUUGCAGGAUUGAAUAUAACUGCAACUCCAUAUGAAUUAAGAAGCUUUGUUCUGACUUCUAAUGUAUAGGACUGCAUAGGACUAUUGAAGAGGCGGAUGGCAAAAGCAGAGACAUUAGGAACAGGACAUUUUCAUGAAGAUACAUUGUCAUGCUGUGUUUCAUUUUAACUCAACUUCUCCAGCCUGAGAAAUAAGACUUGGCGCUACGCAGUUACAUGGAGAGAAUGCAUAACUGAUGUCUUACAGAGUUGUUUUCCUCACAAAUUGCACUUCAUUUUGUGGAACUGUCAUGAUCGAAAAGAUUGCUUAAUGCAGAGGUUUUGCUGUUUGGUUAGCAUGAAAUCUGCCUCAAGAGUGACUUUGUUUCUUGAAUGAAAGAUGUGUUGCUUACUUUGCAUUUUGCAAAGGUGUGUAUAUAGCCCUUUUUGUGGUAAGGCUGAUAGAGUUCCAGCAAGAGCGUACAUUGCCAGUGAUUGAGCAUUUACCUGGCAAUAUGUCAUUUCAAGAGCCGUAACAAAAACCCUGAUUUUUCUAUGAGUAAGUGGAGAAGUCAAUAAAGUGAUGGCAGUUUAACUGGCAAACACUUCUUAAUAAAGUUCGCAAUGGCUGCCAUAUAAACGUGUGAUUUUAACUGUCUAAAA